UGGAAUUUCAAUAGGUGAGAAAUCUAUUAACCUCUCUCUCUCUCCAUAUCCUCUAUCAGCCUUCCCUUUUUUUAUUUUCUUUCCAAACAUAGCCUCUUCAAUUUUUCAAGAAGAAAAAGGCAAGAUCAACACCAAUUUAUUUGCAAAAGAAUAUAUACAUCCACACAUACAUAUAGCUUCUUUGGGUUUAUCUCAAACAAGAGAAGUUUUUAAUCUGCUUCAACACUAACCCAUGCUAGCCAACACCUCUUGUUCCUCAAUUCCCUCUUCAAAGCCAAUCCCAUGCUUUGAAAAUGGUGAUAAUAACAACAAUAAGAGAAAAAGAAGACCUGCAGGAACACCAGAUCCAGAUGCUGAAGUGGUUUCACUUUCACCUAAAACACUACUAGAAUCAGAUCGUUACGUUUGUGAGAUCUGUAACCAAGGGUUCCAACGAGACCAAAACCUACAGAUGCACCGGCGACGACAUAAGGUUCCAUGGAAGUUGCUGAAAAGAGAAACACCGGCGGUGAAGAAAAGGGUGUUCGUUUGUCCCGAUCCGAGCUGUCUCCACCAUCAACCUUGCCAUGCUUUAGGCGAUCUGGUUGGGAUCAAGAAACACUUUAGGAGGAAACACAGUAACCAUAAACAAUGGGUGUGUGAGAAAUGUUCGAAGGGGUAUGCGGUUCAAUCUGAUUAUAAGGCUCAUCUUAAAACUUGUGGUACCCGUGGCCAUUCUUGUGACUGUGGCAGAGUUUUUUCAAGAGUUGAGAGUUUCAUAGAACAUCAAGAUGCAUGCCGUAUGGGGCAAUCACAGAAAGUGCAGCAGCCACCUAGCUUGUCUCCAACAGCUUCAACCCCAAGUACUCCAUCUAGUGAUACCAUGUUCUUCAGCCCUACAAAAGAUAAUCCCACCACCACAAACGGCGGCGACCACCACAAUUUGGAGCUUCAACUCUUAACCACAUCCUCAAACCCAACAGAGCCCUUUGUUCCCCAUAAAGAAAACCAUAACAAUACUCAUUAUUCCACUCAAUUACACCUCUCGAUCGGCUCAUCCGACGAAAAAAUGGAAUCGACUGUAACGACUGAUACGAGCAAGGUAUCGGCGCUCCAGCAAUUGAAGAUGGCGAUGGCGGAGCUAGCUUAUGCCGAAGAGGCGAGAAAACAAGCGAAGAGGCAAGUUGAAUUGGCCGAACAAGAGUUCGAUAGGGCGAAGAGGAUUAGACAAGAAGCACGAGCUGAAUUUGAAAAGGCUCAAGCUUUAAAGGAUCGUGCGAACAAGCAAAUCGAGACCACCAUUGUUCAAAUAACUUGCCAUGCUUGUAAGCAGCAAGUUCAAGACAGAACACCUGUGGAAGAGAACUCCAUUGUUGUGAGUUACGUUUCAUCAGCUAUAUAACGAGUACCGGUUGAAAAAAAGAAGCGAUAAAGCAACAUUUGGUGAUUGAAUUUGGUAAUUUUUCACUUUGGUCCUUGACUUUUUUGUUAGUUCAUAUUGGUCUUGAAAUUUGGCAACCUUUUUCAGUUUGAUCCUUUCUGUUAAGGCAUGAUGACAUGGUAUUAUGAGAUUGUUCGACAUCAUCACCUAAAAUUUUUUUUAGUUUUUUAAAUUAAAUUUUAUUUAUGAUUUUAUAGCAUUUUCAAUAUUUUA